GAGAGACCGCGGUGUGGUUAAUUGAUCAAGCUAGCUAGAGACAAUCAGAAGAUCGAUAUGGUGAGGGCACCACGUAUCGAUCAAUUCGGAAUGAAGAAAGGUGCCUGGAGUGAAGAUGAAGACAACAAGUUAAGAAGCUUUAUUGCGAAAUACGGGCACAAGAACUGGUGCGAGCUUCCCAAGCUUGCUGGUUUGUCUAGGUGCGGGAGGAGUUGUAGGUUACGAUGGAUGAAUUAUCUACGCCCGAAUAUCAAACAUGGAAAUUUCACAAAACAAGAAGAAGAUGUCAUAAUUGGUUUACACAACAAGUUUGGCAACAAAUGGUCAUUGAUGGCUGCAAGAUUGCCAGGAAGAAGCGAUAACGAAAUAAAAAAUCAUUGGCACACGCAUUUGAAAAAUCAGCCAGCUGUCCGAAAUGAUGAAAUUAGUACUGCAUUUCCAAUUGAAGAAGAAGUUGGAAAACCUGAUGAUGAACCUAUAAAUAGUAAUAAGACGACUACUGAAGGAUGUUCAAUGAAGAUCAUAUCUAACUUAAACAUCCAAGUAGACGAAGUUGGAAUAUUACUAGCAGUAUUAUCAUCAUCAUCUGACCAUGAAUCACCAUCCUCUUCUUUAACAAGUAAAUCGUCGUCGUCAUCAUGUUUAUCAAAUGGUUCAGAUUACGUUGUUUCGAGUCAUCAUCAUGCUACACCACAUGAUCAGUUUCCUGAUGAACCAGCCGGAUCCUUUUGGACUGAGCCAUUUUUGCUAGAUAGCGAGAGCAUUAUCGUGUCAUCAAUUAGUGAUUAUACUGAUAUGUUCUCAUCAUCACCUUUAGGCUCGAUGACCAACAAUUUCAUACCCCAGCAGGUUUCUAUCCAGGAUAGCAUCAUGGCCGAUGGUAGUGAUGUUCUUUCCUGGUCCUCAACCAUGGAUUCGUAUUUCUAA